CACUGGCCGCGCGGGCUUCCGUAAGGACGCUGAAAACAUGGCUGCUUCCAUGUGUUAACGUGAGAGUAAGCUGGGAACCUACACCGGCGAGGAAACAGUCACCACACGACCACCUGCAUCGCCUUUGAAAUAAAACAGCCUGACAAAUUUAGGAAAGCAGUGUUCGCCUGGAAGGAAGCGUCACAGACGACUUUAUGCUGGUGCAAACAGUUCGGCUGUUCCCCCUCAUCAUUUCCCAUCAUCUUCAUCCUUCCUGCACCCAUUCUGCCAGACAGACGUUUCAGUGGAGUUUAGGCAGUGCUGCUGCCAGCAGGGGACUGAGAUCCAUGGAGCCCCUAAAAACUGCCUCAGACGUCCCCACCACCAAACUUCCUGAAUCUUCAGCAGAGGAAACAAGCGUGGCACCAAUGGACACAGCAGCUGACAAGGAAAAGACGUCCCCUGCAGGACUGUUACCCGGGGAGACGGUUGUCAAGGAGGGCAAGGCGGCCAUCUUGUUUCCCAGUGCCAAUGAAGUGUUUUACAAUCCAGUCCAGGAGUUUAACAGAGACUUGACAUGUGCUGUGAUCACAGAGUUUGCCAGAGAUCUGCUGGCUCAGCGCGGGGUGAAGGUGGUGGUGCCAGGAGAGAAAGAGAGGGUGGUGGUCUCUCUGUCAGAGGAGACGAAUGAGGCCGACGUUCAGACAGAGGAGAAAAACGGAGCAGAGGAGCCAGCUGUAACUGCAACAGUGGGGGAGAAGUGUGAGGGUGGUCUCCGUGUGCUGGAGGGUCUGGCGGCGUCCGGUUUGCGCUCGGUGCGUUUUGCUCUGGAAGUCCCGGGCCUUCAGAGUGUCACCGCCAACGACUUCUCCACCAAGGCCGCGGCGCUGAUCGCCAGGAAUGCCCAGUACAACGGAGUGAGCCACCUGCUCCAGGCCAGCUGCAAGGACGCCAGUAUGCUGAUGUAUGAGAUGCGAGGGAAGAAAGAGCGUUAUGAUGUCAUUGAUCUGGAUCCCUACGGAAGCCCUGCUUCCUUCUUGGAUGCUGCUGUGCAGGCCGUCAGUGAGGGAGGUCUGUUGUGUGUAACAUGUACAGACAUGGCGGUGAUGGCAGGAAACAGCGGAGAGACCUGUUACAGCAAAUACGGUUCAGUCUCCAUCAAAGCCAAGUACUGUCAUGAGAUGGCUCUUCGUAUCAUCCUCCACAGUUUGGACCAGAGGGCGGGGGUGUACCAGCGAUACAUCCAGCCCCUGCUGUCCGUCAGUGUUGACUUCUACAUCAGGGUCUUUGUACGUGUCUUCACAGGGCAGGCCAAAGUCAAGAACUCAGCCAGUAAACAGGCUCUGGUGUACAACUGUGUCGGCUGCGGGUCUUUCCACUUACAGAGAAUGGGCAGGAGAACAAGCAAUGGAAAACAUAUGAAAUAUUCUCCUGCCACCGGACCCCCAGUUGGACCAGAGUGUGAGCACUGUGGACAGAGACAUCAGAUGGGUGGUCCGUUGUGGGCGGAGCCUAUCCACGACUUGGCAUUUGUCCAGAAGGUUUUGUCUUCUGUGUCCGGGAACCCGUCCCGUUUUGGGACGUCUAAACGCAUUGAGGGCAUGCUCAGCAUGGUGACUGAGGAGUUGGAAGAUGUGCCUCUUUAUUACACUGUGGACAAUCUGAGCAGCACGAUACACUGCAAUACUCCAUCCCUGCUCCAGUUUAGGUCUGCUCUCCUUCACGCUGGUCACAGGGUUUCUCUCUCUCACGCCUGUAAGAAUGCCAUCAAGACAGACGCUCCUCCUGCGGCCCUCUGGGACAUCAUGCGGUGCUGGGAGAAGGCCAAUCCUGUGAAGAGGGAGAAGCUGUCAGAGACAAGCCCCGCCUUAAAGAUCCUCUCCACUGAGCCCAGCUCAGAAGCGUGUUUCACCGUGAGGGAGGACGCCAACCCUCAGUCCCGAAAACGCCACCUGACCCGGUUCCAGGAGAAUCCGCAGGCCUUCUGGGGACCCAAAGCUCGAGCCAAAGCUGGUGGCGGUAUCUCCACUGACCUGCAGGACAAAAGAAAGAAGUGCCAGAACAAGAGAAAGAACCAAAUCACAGACUCUUCUGAGCUAAAAAACUUCCCCUGCAAGAAGUUCAGACAGGGAACAUGCACACAUGGAGACAAAUGCUGCUACUCCCACAACAUGGAGCAGACAAAGGAAGAGAAAAUGGAGUGAUUUCUGUCUCUUACGUUAGUUGUGUUCUUUUUAAAUAAUUUUAUUUAUGGAGUAUGAAUGGCCCGGUGCAGCCUGGGUGAAGUAAGUAUGAUGCACUGCAAUCAGAUUGUAUUUGGAUAGGAGCUAUCCCCGGGGACUUUCCAUGGGAUUAAAAGACUGUUAAUAUGCAGGACAUGUCCAUUAUUCAGUUUAUGUCAGAGUUUUUUUUUUGUUUCAGAAGCUUUUGUUAUUUGACUAUUUCAGUCCAAUAAAAUCCUCA